CCGAUGGCAACGGCAACUCCGGCAGCUCCGCUAACCUCCGCAUUUUCAAACGAUGGGGCGGACAUUAUUCACCAACAUGUUUCUGUCGCUUCGCAGAUCUUCGAUGACACGCCAACACGGUCCGCCGGCGCGUUGGACCAAGCGUAUGAAAUCGACCGAACUGUCGAUCAUAUCAUCUCCCGGGACUACCAUACCAUUGCCCUGCAAUUUCCUGAUGAACUUCUGCACAAUUCAGUCUUAGUGCAUCGACUCUUGCGAACAAGACUCCCAGACCGUGAACUUUAUGUAUUGGCUGACACCUCUUACGGAAGCUGCUGCGUAGAUGAAGUCGCGGCACAGCAUGUGAAUGCUGAUGUCGUUGUUCAUUACGGACAUGCAUGUCUCAGCCCGACUGCUCGGCUUCCGGUCAUCUACGUCUUUGGAAAGCGGAAUAUUGACAUCGACCAUUGCGUGCAUAGCCUGCUAGUCAGCGCCGGAUCCUCAUUCGACAACAACCCAUCACGAUCGAUCAUAGUGCGGUACGAUGUUAGUUAUGCAUACUCGAUCGAUGCCAUCGUCCAGGCCUUAAGGGGUCAGCUCGAUCCCUCGCAUCGCCUUUUAGUCCCUUCUGUUCGACGUUUCCAUACGAGCGGACCCGGGGAUGAUUCUUACGCCACAACUCCAUUUCAUGACGGUGAAGAUGCUGUGAACCCCGUUGUAUUCUACGUCGGCAGGGAAAGCCUUUCUCUGACGAACUUGAUUGUCACGCAUGCGGCAUGUCAAGUAUACAAUUAUGACCCUGAGGUUAUGUCGGCCUCCGUGGCGUCCGCUCGGACGAACAAGAUUCUCAUGCGACGAUAUGCACUAGUGCAACGAGCGCGUGACGCUGACGUCUUUGGCAUCAUCGUCGGCACAUUGGCUGUCGCAUCCUACUUGCCGUUGAUGACUCAUCUUCGCAAGUUGCUUGCCAAAUCCGAGAAGAAAAGCUAUACGAUCAGUGUAGGAAAACUCAAUCCCGCCAAAUUAGCAAACUUCGCGGAAAUUGAAUGUUUUGUUCUCGUCGCAUGUCCUGAGAAUAGCUUGAUCGACUCAAAGAAUUUCUUUAGGCCGAUAAUUACACCUUACGAAUUAGAAAUUGCUCUCAAUUCAGAGCCAAGCUGGUCAAACCGAUAUCUGCUGGACUUCCAACAAGUUCUCAGUGAGGCGUCCCAGAGACCUGAUCCGCCUGACACGCAGAAGUUGAAGGACGAGGAAGAUGAAGAUGAAGAUGAAGAUGAAGAACCUAUGUUUUCUCUCACUACCGGCAAAUUCCGCAAGGCGAAGAAAUUCUCGGUUGGCCACCCCGAUCCAUCCCUGGAUGAUCAACCGGGCGCCCUGCAGCUUCGUAGUCGGUCCGACGCGUUACAGGGGUACAUCCCAGAUGCGGGGGGACAAUUCCUGGCAGAACGUACUUUCCGAGGCCUCGAUCGUCGCUUAGGUCAAGACGCGCCGGGUUUGCUGGAGGAAGGUCGAUCUGGCAUAGCCAAAGGUUACGAAGACGGUCAUCGUGCAUAGACCAUCAUCAGUGGGACACAUGACGACUCAGUGGUGUAUCCUGAGUCUUAUUAAGGCAAAAGAUAUGUUCACGACGGAUUUACUAAUAAAUCCGGGCAAAUGAAAC